GCCAAGGGGACCAGGUAACGCGACGGAUGCCGGGACCACGGCGGCCGGCGGACGAUGCUGCCUCUCCUGGGCGCCGCCGCGCUGGUGCUGGUGGCCGGGGCGUCGUGGGGGUCACCCUACCCGGCGGGGAGAGAAGCUCUGAAAUCGCCUCAAAAUGUAAAUGUUUCCAUCAUUGAUGACAACAUUACCCUGAGAUGGGAGCGGAGCCCUGAGAAUGGCAGGAAUGUUACUUUUUCCACAUAUUAUCAAAUACCUUUUGAGACUGAUUGGACAGAACUGCCCACGUGUCAACACGUUACAGCUUCCGAGUGUACCUUUUCCUCAGAUGCACUGAAUGAUGUUUAUGAAGAAGUUCAGUUACGUGUAAGAGCAGUGAGAGGAAACGAUGCUUCUGCAUGGUGUGAAGUGGACUCAUUUGUACCAUUUUCUAAAGCUCAGAUUGGUCCUCCAGAACUGCAUUUAGAAGCUGAAGACAAAGCAAUAAAAAUCAACCUCUCUCCUCCUGGAACAGAAAAUAGCACCAUGUGGGCUACAGAGCUUUUAGCAUUUAGAUAUAACAUAGUCUUCUGGGACAACUCAAGUAUGGAAGUAAAUAUUAUUUUUUACUUUUGCUUUUCGGCUUUACGGACGCUCAGCAAGUCUGAGGUUUCGUGGAUAAAGACAGACGUGUCCGGGUGUCCACCGUCCGAUCACCCUGGGAGACGUCCCGGGAGGAAGCGGGGACGACCAGGGACGCCUGGUGUACCCCCCUGGUCUGGAGAGUCGCGAGGAGAAUAG